GCACUAUUGUGAGCAUAGGAGAUCCCAAGAAAAAAUACACCAGAUAUGAAAAAAUCGGGCAGGGGGCUUCAGGCACAGUUUUCACAGCUAUUGAUGUGGCAACGGGGCAGGAGGUUGCUAUUAAACAGAUAAACCUGCAGAAGCAACCCAAGAAGGAGCUGAUUAUUAAUGAGAUCUUGGUAAUGAAGGAGCUAAAGAACCCCAACAUAGUCAACUUCCUGGACAGUUACCUCGUAGGCGAUGAGUUGUUUGUGGUGAUGGAGUAUCUAGCUGGAGGCUCACUAACAGAUGUGGUCACAGAAACAUGUAUGGAUGAAGCACAGAUUGCUGCUGUUUGCAGAGAGUGCUUGCAAGCACUUGAGUUCCUACAUGCCAACCAGGUCAUCCACAGAGACAUUAAAAGUGACAACGUGCUGUUAGGAAUGGAUGGAUCAGUUAAACUAACCGACUUUGGUUUCUGUGCUCAGAUCACCCCAGAGCAGAGCAAGCGCAGCACUAUGGUUGGAACUCCUUACUGGAUGGCUCCUGAAGUGGUCACACGGAAAGCGUACGGCCCUAAAGUGGAUAUCUGGUCUCUGGGCAUCAUGGCUAUUGAGAUGGUGGAAGGAGAACCCCCAUACCUCAAUGAAAACCCCCUGAGGGCUUUAUAUUUGAUAGCAACUAAUGGCACACCAGAGCUGCAGAACCCUGAGAAACUGUCCCCAAUAUUCCGGGAUUUUUUGAACCGAUGUUUGGAGAUGGAUGUAGAGAAAAGAGGAUCAGCCAAAGAAUUGCUACAGCAUCCCUUCUUGAAGCUGGCCAAACCUCUAUCUAGCUUGACGCCACUGAUCUUGGCAGCCAAAGAAGCAAUGAAGAGUAACCGCUAACAUUACUGCCCCAGCCU